UUGAAUUCUGUAGCAUUUUUACAGUCUUUUACUGUUAAAAUUACAGACAUUGUUUUACAGUGGAGGUUUAUGCAUUUUAUUCAAAGAAGUGUUUCACUUGGAAGAGCUUGAUGUUGCAGCAGUGAUGGACUCGGCUUGAGUGACAGUCUGUGUGAACUUCAGCUGUUGUAAAAGACUCAUUCAAUAAUCUCUCAAUAGAUUACACAUGAACUACAAUUAAACGAAGGAAACGCUGACACUUGUAAAGAAAUAAAAGUUAAAAAAAAAAAUAUUAGAAAUGUAUUUGAGUGAGAGUAAAAAAGUACCCCAUGAGCCCCAUGACAAGGCCCGUCUGACCCAUGUCGUUUCAAUCGUACCCUAUCGGCCGGCCGUCGGGGCACCCCUCUCACACUGGGCCCCAGUGCGGUGUGACAAAACACUGCUGAAAUUUUAAAAAGGAAGUUACAUCUGAAAAAAAUAUAGAAAAAUAAAAUAAAACACUCUCCAAGCUCUCAGGCUGUAAGGAAAGUGAAGAUGUCUCUGCUGCAAACUUUUAUAAUGAUGACAUUUGUCACAUCUUUAAAAGUGUCCAGCUCUGAAGACACACUGUUUGUGCAGACAGGAGGAUCUGUUACACUGGAUAUACAGACACAUGAACUACCAGAGUUUGAUGAUUUAGUCUGGAUGAAUGAGAAAUCAGAGAAUAUAUUCAGAUAUAUAAGUGCAACUAAAACAGCAAGACUUCACCCUUCCUACAAGAACAGAGCGGAUUUCAAUACUGAAACGUUUUCUCUGACAUUGAAGAACAUGCAGAAGACAGACAGUGGAGUUUACACAGCCAGUGCAAGUGGAGAAUUCAACAUAAUUGUGGCGAAACACAGAGUAUCUGUUAUGGAUCCAGUGGAAGCUCCUGUCCUAUCUGUAAACAUCUGUAGCUUUACAUGUAAAGGACAUCAUUUUACAAUCAGCUCCACUUACAAUAGCAGCUGUUUUCAAGAGGAAGUGAGAUCAUCUGGAAACUACACUCUAAGCUUGUAUUGCAGUGGUGACUUUAUCAUCUGUAACCAUAGCAACCCCGUCAGUUGGAUGAAUGUUACAAAGGAGAUUCAUGAAUUUUGCACUAUUAAUAAAGAUGCAGCGUCUCCCCCUGAUGAUGGUGUGUCUCUGUGUCUGCUGAAGACAGUGCUGUAUUCUGUAUCUCUUCUGCUCAUGAUAUCUGCAGUCAUCACCGUUCACAUCAGAGAGAAACAAAGAAGAUCAUCUAAACACACAGUCAUAAGCAUUGAUAUGACUUCUACAAUUCAUUCUGAGUAGCUACACUCAAGUUACACCUUUCCAGUGAGAAUCUUACAUGUACUUGAAAUUUAGUGAUGUCACCAUUCAUUUGCAUAUGCAAAUAAGAACAUUUAUGUUACUUCACUACAUAGUAAAAACCUGAACUUGUAUAAGUUGAAACAAAUCAAAGAUGUCAUGUAUUGGGGGAAGAUUGCUGCCAUCUGGUGAAAAGAAAGAAAAAUAACAUGACUUGAAAAUCAUGUUAGGACAAUAAUGUUGCAGUGUAAUUACAAUUUUGAUCAAGUUGCACAUUCAGAUAUAUAUUAUGACAUCAUCAAUCUAUUAUUUGUCAAUGUUUAGCUUUUUUUAAGUGUCAGUUGUUGCAAGAAUGUUACAUUAUGAUUACAGUCAAACUUGACCUUGUGUUACAAACAGACUGACACAGAAUAAUCAACAAUAAUAAUAAUAAUGUCAUGAAAAUGAUCAAUUAUAAACAGAAAAAACAGUAAUGCACUGUGAAAAUGAAAUUAGUAAAUUAUUAUAAAACAGAAGAUUAACCUUGUUCUUUGUUCUGUGUGUGUGUGUGUGUGUGUGUGUGUGUGUGUGUGUGUUGUUGUUAUUGUUGUUGUUGUUCUGCCUUCUGGCUGUGUUAGUCUUAACCAUUUAUUUCUGUAUGUGUGUGUGUGUGUGUGUGUGUGUGUGUGUUUGUAUGUGUGUGUGUGUGUGUGUGUGUGUGUGUUUGUAUGUGUGUGUGUGUGUGUGUGUGUUUGUAUGUGUGUGUGUGUGUGUGUGUGUGUUUGUAUGUGUGUGUGUGUGUGUGUGUGUGUGUGUGUGUGUGUGUGUGUGUGUGUGUGUGUGUGUUUGUAUGUGUGUGUGUGUGUGUGUGUGUGUGUGUGUGUGUGUGUGUGUGUGUGUGUGUGUGUGUUUGUAUGUGUGUGUGCUGUAUUGUGGCUGAAUUCUAUAUUGUAUUUGACAAAUAAGAUAAAUUAAAAAUAAGUUUUCUUAGUUUUUUCCAUUUAUUUUCUAAAAUGUAUUGUUAUACUUUUUUUUACAAUCACUUAAUCACAAAAUAAGGACUUGAUUCGAUAAGUGUGUGUGUUCAGAUGGCAAGUGGAGGAAAAGUCACAAAGUUUUGUACAGCUCAGAUAAAGGAAACAGUGAUUUUGGUUAAAAAUGACUGAACAGUAUUGGAAGGCUGUUCGUGUGGUUGGGUACAGUGAGUUAAAGGGGUCAUGACAUGGUUUUUUUUAUUGUAUUAUUAUGUUCCCUUAGGUGCAAUUAUAGUAUUAAUAUAUUUUUUUUAAGAAAAACUUUUAAAAUCUAGUGAUUUAUGACCUUUUCCCACCCUGUUUCUCAUCCUCUGAUUCAAACAGUCUGUU